ACACUGGAUUUUUGUUAGAAAUUCUGCAAGAGUGAUACUACCAGUAAAGAUGUCAUACUUAAUGAAAGGAGUUAAAUAUUGCAGUCCUGUGAAUCAGAUGCACAAAGUAACAGGAACUCUGUUAAAGAACAUACUGGGCAUCACUGAACAACAGUUCAAAAUUUCACGUGCAGCUUCUCAGCUUAGUUCUGAAAAGGCAAACAGUUAUAAUUAUGUCAUUGUUGGAGCUGGAUCAGCAGGGUGUGUAUUAGCCAACAGGCUGACAGAAGACCCUCUCAGUACUGUACUACUUUUGGAAGCAGGCCCUAAAGAUACUCUUCUAGGUAGUAAAAGACUGAUGUGGAAGAUUCAUAUGCCUGCUGCAUUAACAUACAACCUCUGUGAUGAGAAAUAUAACUGGUAUUACCACACAACGUCACAAAAGCAUCUGGAUAAUCGAAUUCUGUACUGGCCCCGUGGGAGAGUGUGGGGUGGCUCUUCUUCUCUCAACGCAAUGGUAUACAUUCGUGGGCAUGCAGAAGAUUAUAAUCGAUGGAGCAGGGAAGGGGCUAUAGGAUGGGACUAUGAGCACUGCUUGCCCUAUUUUAAAAAGGCACAGACACAUGAACUGGGGCCAGAUCAGUACAGAGGUGGAAAUGGACCCCUGUAUGUGUCAAGGGGGAAAACAAACCAUCCUCUUCAUCAUGCAUUCCUGGAGGCAACCCAGCAAGCUGGGUAUCCCUUCACAGACGAUAUGAAUGGCUAUCAGCAAGAAGGAUUUGGCUGGAUGGACAUGACUGUGCACCAAGGUCAAAGAUGGAGCACAGCUAGUGCUUACCUUCGCCCCGCCAUAUCACGCCCAAACCUGUCAGUUGCAGAGAAGACACUUGUAACAAAAAUCUUGUUUCAAGGAACAAAAUCCACUGGUGUCGAAUAUGUGAAAAACGGGCAAAGGAAAAAGGCUUUUGCCAGUAAAGAAGUUAUUUUAAGUGGAGGCGCCAUAAAUUCUCCACAGCUGCUUAUGUUGUCUGGGAUUGGCAAUGCAGAUGAUCUAAAAAAACUGGGGAUCCCUGUUGUUUGUCACCUUCCUGGAGUAGGCCAGAACCUUCAAGAUCAUUUAGAAGUGUACAUCCAGCAAAAGUGCACCAAACCUAUUACACUAUACAACGCACAAAAGCCAGUUAAUAUGGUGAGAAUUGGUCUAGAAUGGCUUUGGAAGUUUACAGGUGAGGGAGCGACUGCCCACUUAGAAUCUGGUGGGUUUAUCCGAAGUGAACCAGGGGUUCCUCACCCUGACAUUCAGUUCCACUUUCUCCCUUCUCAGGUGAUUGAUCAUGGCCGGGUUGCUUCCACAAUGGAAGCUUACCAGGUCCAUGUGGGACCCAUGAGGAGCAUGAGUGUGGGCUGGCUAAAGCUGAAGAGCACAGACCCAAAUGACCAUCCAAUCAUUGAGCCUAACUACAUGUCAACAGAAAGAGAUAUUUGGGAAUUCCGCCAGUGUGUCAAGUUGACCAGAGAGAUCUUUGCACAGAAAGCUUUUGAAAAAUUUCGGGGUCCUGAAAUUCAGCCAGGAAACCAUGUUCAGUCUGACAAAGAAAUAGAUGCUUUCAUAAGGCAGAAGGCAGAUAGUGCUUAUCAUCCUUCCUGCACCUGUAAAAUGGGUCAGCUUUCAGACAGCACUGCUGUAGUUGAUCCCCAAACAAAAGUAAUUGGUGUUGAAAACUUGAGAGUCGUAGAUGCUUCAAUAAUGCCUAGUGUUGUAACUGGAAAUUUGAAUGCCCCAACUAUUAUGAUAGCAGAGAAAGCUGCAGAUAUAAUUAAGGGCCUCCCAUCACUUCAGGAGAAAAAUGUUCCUGUAUAUAAGCCCAUGACCUUGGAAACACAGAGAUAAACAAAUGUUCUCAUCCCCUAGAUCUUUUGCUACUUAAGCUUUCACCAGCAUGUUGGUUUCUCAUACUGAACAUACCAACAACAUAAA